AUGACAACAUCAAGUUUAUCUAACUAUCAGCUGAGAUCAGCAGCGAGCAAUGCCAGUCAGACAUCGGAAUCAUCGUCUGCAAAUAAUAAUUCAACUGAAAGCGAGACAGUCUUAGUUGCGAGUAGACUCAGUCAUAUCAGCUUGGCUGAGCGCGGAGAACGACAACAAGCACUUGAUCGGCUGGAAAUUUUGAAAACGGUAGGCACAGGCUCCUACGGGCGUGUACUUGUAGUUCGUGAUCGAGAUACAUUGGUAUACUUUGCACUAAAAGUCUUCUCAAUCAAUCAUGUCGUCGAACAACGACAGACAGAACAUGUCAAAAGCGAGAAAGAUAUUCUCUCAGUGAUCUCUCAUCCAUUCAUUGUUCAACUUCAUUGGACACACCACUCGGAUCAAUUUCUGUACAUGUUAUUAGAUUAUGUUCCCGGCGGAGAAUUAUUCAGUUAUAUGAGACGAAAAGUUACGUUCGAUUUGAAAUCUGCAUUAUUCUAUAUCUGUGAAAUUAUUCUUGCCUUUGAAUAUCUUCAUUCGUUGCAAAUCAUCUAUCGUGAUUUGAAACCAGAGAAUGUUCUUUUGGAUGCCGAAGGUCAUGUUAAACUUGUGGAUUUCGGUUUUGCUAAGAAAAUCCAGAAUAAAACAUUUACCACAUGUGGCACGCCGGACUAUCUCAGUCCAGAAUUAUUCAAAGGCACAGGGCAUAAUAAGAGUACAGAUUGGUGGAGUUUAGGUAUAUUACUAUUUGAAAUGUUAACGGGAGCAACGCCGUUCAAUCCUAAUCAGAAUAACAAUGAAAUCUAUCCACGUGUUUUAGCCGGUAAAAUCGUUUGGCCACGCACGAUUGAUGAGCCGACGAAAGCAUUUAUCAAGAAACUACUCACUCAGAACAGCGAGAAACGUCUUGGUUCAGGUCGGAAUGGUUCACGCGAAGUGAAAGAACAACCAAUUUUUGCAUCUAUCAAAUGGGAUGAUGUCUAUGCUAGAAAAUUGAAACCACCAAUUGUACCAUCGGUUACACAUCCAGGUGACACGUCGUGCUUCGAUAAUUAUGAAGAAGAUUGGCGAUCUGCACCGUUUGCUUCGGAUAGAGAACUGGCCUUGUUUUCCAAUUUUUAA